AUGAAGGGCAUCUGCAGCUCCAGCUGGCAGCGCUUCUUCGUCCAGGCCGCCCUGAAGAAAUUUUCCUCCACGCCCGUACGCGCCCUAGCCAGAAACACGGGUUCCUCGGGAUACGCAUUCCGCGGCCACGCAAGCGCGGCGCAAUCUUUCCCACCAACCUCGACCUCGACCAACGCCGACCGAUCGGGGGAGAAGCGAACCGUGCAGGCAGGAAGCGCUCUGAGAAACACCCCGCGCCAGCACGGCAUGCCCGUCCCCUCCCCUCCCCUCCUCCCACCCUCCCCCGCGGAGACCGACCCCGUCGACGCGCUGCUCGAGCGCUACCUCGGCCUGGUGGACGAGUACGCGGGCCUGCGGGCGCAGCUCGGCCGCCUGCAGGCCGGCAUGUACCAGGACCUGGCGCGGGCCAACUUCGCCGGCGAGCGCGGCGCGCGCUUCGGCCGCGACCACUACGACGCGCGCAUGCAGGCCGCGCGGCGGGUCGCCGUCACCCCCGACCCCGACCCCGACCCCGGCUCCGACGACGCCGUGCCGCGCGUCGCUGUCGUCCUCGCCACCACCGCCGCCGCCGCCGCCGACCCCCUGCGCUGGUACGGCCUGCUCGCCCCGCCGCCGCUGCGCCGCGCCCAGGCCCGCGCCGUCGAGGCCGUCGAGCGCGUCGUCCCGCAGCUCGUCUCCGUCGGCGCCCAGAUGCAGCGCCUCGAGAUCGAGGUGCGCCGCGCGCGCAAGCGCCGCGCCAAAACCGACGCCGCCGCCGCCGCCGCCGCCGCCGCUACUGGAGAGCAGGCGCAGGGAUAA